AUGCAAUCAGGAGUAGGGAGUGUCGGUUCGCUGGAGGAUGGCAAAGUACCUUAUGCUAGAACGACAAUUCAAUCGACUAGGCCUUUCCCACUGAGAUUGCUUUCGUUUCUCUUGCUUUUCUUGGUGGUAGUCAGUAUGUAUUCGUUUCUCAGUUUAUACAUGAGUCUGUUUCUCAAGAUUCAGAAUGUAAUUCCUGUAGUUCAAUCAAGAAUUCAACCCUGUGUUCAAGAACCUCGUAUUCUGGAAAAAUGGAUUAGGCCUCCAUCGUAUUUGAUUCAUACUAUGACUGAUUCUGAGCUGUUUUGGCGCGCUUCAUUUAUACCUAGGAUUAAAGAGUACCCCUUUAAGAGAACUCCCAAAAUUGCAUUCAUGUUCUUGACAAGAGGACCUUUGCCAAUGGCGCCUUUGUGGGAUAAGUUUUUUAAGGGGAACGAAAAGCUUUAUUCAAUCUACAUUCAUUCCUCGCCAUCCUAUCAUCCAGAUUUCCCGACUUCAUCGGCUUUUUAUGGCAGACAAAUUCCUAGUCAGGAUACAGAGUGGGGAAUGAUGAGUUUGUGUGACGGUGAAAGGCGACUUCUUGCUAAUGCAUUGCUCGAUAUUUCCAACGAAUGUUUCAUCGGUGCGUUUGACGAACCCGGUCAAUACGGUCGAGGCCGGUACAACGAGAAGAUGUCACCCGAGGUCAACCUCACGGAGUGGCGUAAAGGGUCCCAAUGGUUUGAACUCAGUCGAAAACUGGCUGUUGACAUAGUUCAAGAUAGUGUUUACUACCCCAAGUUCAAACAGUUCUGCCGAGCCUUAUGCUAUGUGGACGAGCACUAUUUUCAGACCAUGCUUAGCAUCCAAUCUUCCCAUCUCUUGGCAAAUAGAAGCCUCACUUGGGUCGUGUGGCCGAGGCACAAGCCCCAUCCUGCAACGUUUGGGAAAGCUGAUAUAAACGAGAAUUUUUUCAAGAAAAUUUCAGAAGGUAAACCAUGCACUUAUAACAAUCAGCUGACGUCCCUUUGUUUUCUUUUUGCAAGGAAAUUUGCUCCUAGUUCUUUGGAACCUUUAUUAGAGCAUUCAUCAGAGUAUUUGGGGUUUUAA